AUGUCAUCAACCAAUUCCACGACAACAACAACACCACCACAAGCCAUGUCUCCUUCAAACACAACUGCCACAACAAGCACACCUUCGGAACAAGCAACUAACAACAAUGAUAACAACAACAACACCUCUCUAUACACCAACACACUUCGAAUGGUUCUUCCCUAUUAUUAUAAAGCAAGUCAACACAUUCGAUAUUAUUUACCCUAUCCCUCUGAAUUUGGAGCCACUCGAAUCACUUCCAACCUGUGGCUAGGAGAUCUCUCCGAUGCCAUGAAUGUUCCUCAGCUCAAUAAGAAUUCCAUCACUCACAUCGUUACAUGUGUCAAGUCGUUGAAACCAUUCUAUCCCGAAGAAGGAUUUACUUAUUUAAAUUUACAUUUAUUUGAUCAAGACGAUGAACAUAUUGGUGAUACCAUCUUUGAAGAAUCCUUUGAAUAUAUUGAUCAAGCCAUUCAAAAAGGUAACCAUGUACUUGUGCAUUGCAUGAAAGGAAGAUCAAGAAGUGCAUCCAUUGUCAUUGCCUAUUUGAUGAGAAAGAAUGGAUGGACGUAUCAAGAGACUUUGAAAAUGGUUCAACAAAAGAGAUCCAUUGUCCAACCCAAUGUAGGAUUUGAGAGACAAUUAUUGGAAUUGGAAAGGAAAUUAUUGUCUUCUUCAUCCAAUAACAUCAACAAGACAUCAUCCUCUCAAUAA